UUGGCUAAACUAAAGUUAGCACCAACGCUGCUUCCAAAAGGAAAAACUCAUUCUGUAUCGGUGCCGUAUAUCUUAACAAUAACUGCUGCCAGAAAGAUGGAGUCGUGUCCAAACAGUAUCAAGACUGACAGACGGGAACAGGUAGAGGACGACGACUUGAAGAGAGAUCUCUCAUUAGACUUCAACGCCUCAUCAGACUUACAGCACACAAACAUUGAGGAGAAGGAACACCUUCAGGUUUACCUCCGUAUAAGACCGUUCACCUCAACAGAGAGUGUUAAGGGAGAGGCACAGGACUGUGUAACCAUAGAACCUCCUGACACAGUUCUCCUGAAGCCUCCCAGUUUGUGCCUCUCAGCGAGGCUUAGCACCGACAGAUCAUUCCCACAGACCGGACAGCGCUUCCAGUUCUCUCAGGUGUAUGGACCUGAGACAACACAGAGAAAGCUGUUUCAAGGCACCGUGAAGGACUUGGUGAAAGAUGUCCUUGAAGGGGGGAACUCUCUGGUAUUUACUUAUGGAGUCACCAACGCUGGAAAGACUUUCACAUUCUUAGGUCCAGAUGCUGAUGCUGGUAUCCUGCCCAGAUCUCUGGAUGUAAUUUUUAGCAGUAUUGAUGAAUGCGUUUUCACUGGGAUGAGCAUCAAACCUCACCGAUGUCGAGAGUUCAUGAGGCUCACCAGGGAGCAGGAGGCUGAGGAGACUCUUUUUAAGAGAAACCUCCUCAGACAACUUAAAGAGACUGACAAGAGCAAUGCAAGCCUGCUGAACUCAACUAAUAAGACACUUCUUGAAGGUUCCAUCAUGCUGACUACAGCUGUUGCAGAUGAGGACAAGAUCAGCCUGGAGGUGGAGACUCACACUAAGUUCUCUGUUUGGGUUUCUUUCUGUGAAAUCUACAAUGAGAACAUCCAUGACCUCUUGGAGGUUGUUCCCAGUGGAACUUCGAGGAGGACUGCACUGCGCCUGUCACAGGACGUCAAGGGCAACGCCUUUGUCAAAGAUCUGGGUUGGGUUCAGGUGAAUAGUGCUGAAGAGGCUUUUAAGGUGAUGAAAAUAGGAAAGAAGAACCAGAGCUUCUCCUCCACCCGGCUUAAUCAGCUCUCCAGCAGGAGUCACAGCAUUUUCUCCAUUCGGAUACUGAGGAUUGAGGAUAUUGGGGCACCAAGGGUCCACACAGUCAGCGAGUUGUGUCUAUGUGACCUAGCUGGCUCUGAGCGAUGCGCCAAGACCCAGAACAAAGGAGAGCGUCUAAAGGAAGCUGGGAACAUCAACACCUCACUGCUCAUCCUAGGAAAAUGCAUCAAUGCACUACGGCACAAUCAGCAGGCCAAGUUGCUUCAGCAUGUUCCCUUCAGAGAAAGCAAGCUGACACAUUACCUGCAGGGCUUUUUCUGUGGACGAGGUAAAGCCUGUAUGAUCGUCAACAUCAACCAGUGUGCCUCCAUGUAUGAUGAGACUCUCAACGUCCUCAAAUUCUCAGCAGUGGCACAGAAGGUUGUAGUCCUGACUACUAGGCCUCUUCCCAUCAUGCCUCAGAGGUCCAAUGGUGAGGGAUCCUUCAGUAUCAGUAGUGCUGAUGGGAAGACUCUUCGUGGCAGCAGAAGGAGCUCCCUGAUUGGCUGGGAGAGUAGCCUGGAGGAUGUACUGGAGGAUGAGGAUACUGAGUAUGAAGAAGAUGAGAGCCUGAUGGACGUGACGAUGGAUCAGAAUGGUGCUGAAGAGGACAGCAGUGACGAUCAUGAAAAAAUUGUGAUCAGCCAAGCAACACACCAGAGACAGGUGGUGCUGUUGAAACAGCUGCAGGUCCAGCUAAAGAAGGAGCGAGCAGACAGUGUGCUCAUGGAGGCGAGGAUCAGAGAAGAAAUCAGCAGAGAGUUCUCUGAGCUCUUCACUGAAAUGCAGAAUGACUACAAUGACCGGCUGGCGAGGGAAAGAGAGAUCUUGGAGGAGCGAGCCGAAAGGAGGCUAGAGAUCUUCAAGAACCUCAUUGACAAAAUGGCUGGAUCCAGUCAAGACGCACAAGCCAUGGACAAAUCUCUGGACACCUACUCCUCUGAAUUGGCAGAUAUUAUGAAGGCUGCAGAGGCUGCUCAGAAAUGUAUGGCUUCAGUCAGAGCAGGGGCUCAGGAUGACAAAGAUCUUCUUUUGGAGGAGCUGCAAAGAAAGGCGUUGGAACUGAACAAGCACCAUCAGCAACUCCAACAGCAGAUGGCUGGCAAACUCAGAGCUGAACCAAGCACAGAAAAGGAUGAAGAGAAGAGAAGGCUCCUCUCUGAACUUCAAGAGGAGUCGAUAAAGAUUUCCCUGCUGGAGAAACAGGUUGAAGACAUGAAGAGGGCAGCAGAGCCGGGAUCUCAGGGACACUCCUUUCUGGUCAAGGAGGGUGGUUCACAUGAAAGGGACAGGCUGCAGGAAGCGUUGGCGGCCCUAGAGAAGGAAAAGAGAGGCAGAGAAGAUGCCAUUGCUGCUUUGGAGUACCAGACUUUGGGAAAAGAAGAGGCACUGCUAUCCUUACAGGAGGAAAAAAAAGCAAAGGAGGAGGCCCUUACUGCACUUGGGGAGCUAAAGCGGAGCAAUGAAGAAUUGCUUGCCUCUUCCAAAGAAGAGAUGAAAGUCAGUGAGAAAGCAGUGACAGAUCUAGAGGCUGAGAGGAGAGCUAGAGAAGAUGUCACUGCAUCUCUUCAAGAAGAGAAACAAUGCAGACAGGACUUACUUGUUGCUCUUAGUGAAGAGAGGAGUGGCAGAGAGGAGGCUCAGUCAGCACUGGAGGAGGUGAGGAGGGAGAUCAGAAGGCUGGCUAAGGAGAAGGAACAAGAGGGUGAAGCACUCCGACAAGAAGUCAAAGAGCUGACUGCCAAACUGGUGGCUACAGAGUGCAAGCUGCAAACUUCAGCAGUAUCAUCUGGUGGUGAGAAUGAUCAGCCAAGAGAAGAAGAGUCAGAGCUCAGAAAGAAUCUCUCCGAAGAAAAGGAGAAAAAUGAGCGAAAUCAAAAACGAAUAAUGGAGUUGGAGUGUGAGCUGACACAGAGAAAGGAACAGCUGGAACGCCAACAGCUGAUUUUUGACCAGCAGGUCAAACAGUUUACAGAAAAGUUGAGUCAGCAAGAAGUAGCUUCAAAAGUGGAACUUGAGGAACUAAAACAGAGGCUUAAGGAGAAAGAAGAGACGUCACAGGUACAAGUGGAUGAACUCAGAUCCAAGCUCCAAAGUGAAGAACUCACUUCCAAAGAAGUUGUACAGCUGAGAGCAAAACUUGAGGAGCGAUCCCAGGCCAUGGUUAAGCAGAUUGAAGAGCUUAAUGAGAUGCUGCACAAUCAAGAAUUGAAAUCACAAAAGCAGAUGGAGGAGUUAGAACAAAAACUGAGUGAACAAAAGGGAACCUCAGACAAACUUUUAGAGGAUCUCAAACAUCAGCUCAGUAAGCAUGAGCAAACUACAGAGCAGCUCAAGGCCGAAUUAGAAGAGGCUAGGAUUAAAAGUUCACGCUGUUCCUCUGAUCCUUCUGCUGAAGGAGAUCUCAAGAGGUUAAACACUGAUCUCCAGGCAGAGGUGGUGACUCUGAGGGCAAAAGUUUCUCUCAUGGAAGAAGUAAAAGAGUCUGUCUGCAAAACCAAAGCUCAACGAGCAUCUUCAGAAAUGGGCAGUGUCCUGAAAGAUGAAGACAGCCAGGCAGAUGACAAACUAGCAGAGUACAAAAAAGCCUCAGCAGAGAGGGAGGCAGAACUGCAGAACCAGCUUAAGGAAAAGGAGGAACAGGUAAAAUCGCUCAAAAAGAGCCUGCAGGAGGCACAAGAGCGGCAGGACGAGGAGGAGAGCCAGGCAAUCCAAGAGGCUCGACGCAGGGAGGUGGAGAGGCGUAGGGAGCUGCUGGCUGUGGCGCAUGAGGCCAUUGCACAGAAAGAUGCCGAGCUGGAGAAGAAAGCUGGUGAAAUUGACAGACUAAAAGAAAACGCCAAGCAGGAUGCAGACAAAGUCAAGAGCCUCAGCCUCGACCUUCAGAGGAAAGAGGACGACACUUCAGACCUCAGAGAGAAACUAGCAGACUACAAGAAGCAGAUUCAACAGGUCCAGAAGGAGAUAUCAACCAUGAGAGAAGAGGAAAAGGUUUUGAGGCAGAAACUGGCUGACGUGGAGAAAGUCAAGAAGCAGCUUCAGAUGGACCUCGCCAACAGAGACAGAGCCAUCCAGCAGCUCAAAGUGGAAAAAUCUGACACCAAGUCUGACAAGACGCAGCAGCUUUACCAGAACGCCUGUAAAGACCUUGAAGCCAAAGAGCGUGUGAUGGAGGACAUGCGUUUGGCUCUGACGGAGCAGGAGGAGACACAGGAGCAGAUGGAGCAGGUCUUGGAGGAGAAACUUAACCUCAUCCAGGAGCUCUCCAGUGAGGUGCAGAAGUUGAAAGGGAUGUUGUUGCAGCAGAACAGUGGAAACAGUGCACACCAUCAAAUGGACAGCCCAUCAGAUGAAGUCAAGCAGGCAAAACAAGAAGCUGCUCAAGCCCAGGAAAGCUUAAAGCUUUGUACAGAGAAACACCAAGGUGAACGCAAAAAGUGGCUGGAGGAGAAGCUGUCCCUGAUCGGUCAGGCUAAGGAAGCGGAGGAAAAAAGAAACCAGGAUAUGAGAAAAUUUGUCGAAGACAGAGAACGAUACACUCGCCAGCAGAGACAGUUGGAGUGCCUGACGUCUCAGCUCACUGAGAAGGACGAGACCAUGGAGAAGUGGAGGAAGGAGAGAGACACUCUGGUAGCAGCCUUGGAGGUUCAGCUGCAGAAACUUCUCUCCAGCCAAGCAGAGAAGGACAAACUCAUUCAGCAGUUGAGACAAAAUGACUCACAGCCACCACAAGAGAAUGGUGAUGGUGGCAAAGAGCUGACAAAGCUGCAGGCUGCUCUUUCUGAGAAGGAGGCAGAGAUCCUACAACUGAAUGAAGAGCUCAACAACCUGAGGGCCAAACAGGACACACCCACACAGGGUAAAGGCAAUGAGCACCCUCCAUCACUGGUUGGAAAACCAGAAGGUGAAACACUAAACAGAAAGUCAGGAGGAAGGAGGGAUACAAGAGCAUCAGUCAGCAGUCAGAGUUCAGCUGGCUUUCCAUCAGUCCUAGAAUCCUCUGAAAUUUCCACUGAGAAUGGCAGGACAAGCCGCUUCCCCCGGCCAGAGCUGGAGAUCUCUUUCAGCCCUCUUCAGCCAAACCGUAUGGCUCUUCGACGCCAAGGAGAGGAGAACGCUGUCACUGUCAAAAUCACCCGCUCAGCUCGUAAGAGGAAGAGUGGCGAGAUGGAGAGGUCUCAUAUUUUCAGGAGGAGUAAACGACGAGCAACGCAAGAGGAGGAGGUGGAAGCAGAGAACAGAAGGAACACACGGACCAAACUGACGCCAAAGCUGACCCCACACCAAGAGGAGGUCUCUACCCCAGCAGGUCGCCAUGACUCCCAGAGCAGCAUCCGCAGCAGAAAAGAGGGAACACUGCAGAAGAUCGGAGACUUCCUGCAGAGCUCUCCCACGCUGCUCGGCACUAAAGCCAAGAAGAUGAUGAGCCUCGUGAGCGUUCGGCUUGAUGCAGACUCAGCAGCCUCCUCUUCCUCCUCUUCAUCCCUCAGUCUGAGAGCCAAGAAGAACAAAAGGAAACUGUACAGGCCUGAAAUCUCCUCCCCCAUGGACAUGCCCCCACACCCUAUCAUUAGCAGAGAGCCUGAGGAGAAGGAGAGCGACCAUCAGAUCAUUAAAAGGCGCCUGCGCUCCAGGAUGGCUAAAUAACUAGCCCUCAUGUAGUACUGUAUAAUAUAAUGUAUACUUCUUUUAUUUUAUGCUUAACACUGUAUUUAAAAAAUGAAGGAAAAAUGCAUAUCUAUGCCAUCAUAACUUUAAAGUUACAAAUCAUAGAAAUGUUUACUCUAAGUAGUCUUAUUUAGUCUGUAAUCUUCAUUAUUUAAUAAUUCAAGUAGGUUUAUAUUUUAGCGCUAAGGCAACUGCUCUUGUGGCAGUUAGAGGGAGACUUCAAUAUCAGGAGAGGAGACUUUUCUAUUGAAUAUAUAUAUUAGGAGAUUUAUACACCUCCUCUGUCUUUGUGCAGUAAAGAGCUGGCUGAUUUUCAACAAAAAGACCAUCAGAGUUGGUAAAGAGCUGGUAGCCCGUCUCUGUUCAAAGUUGGAAACACACUCCAGAAAAUCCUGAACGGACAGACUUGUCCUGCCUGGGUUUUAUAUUCAAUGCACAGAGAUGCAACAAAAGUUUGUGUCCAAAAUGCUGGGACUGUUUGCUUAAUACUUAAUCCAUCCAACACACUACUGUGUAACAGUGUGGAAUUUUCAUGCUGAUCUGAACUCCGUGUCUCCCUGUUUCGUUUCCUAACUCUGAAAUUGAGCCAAUGAGCCUUUUUCUAGAUAUAAAUCUGGUAACAAUUUAAUCAACUAAUGCCUGUAUUUCUACUCUGAAAUAAUCAUUUCUUACCUAACUUUUCUUCUUUUGAAUGCUGCUCAAUAUUUACAAUCAAACAACUCCAGAGUCACUACAUAAACUCACAUAGGUAACACUCUAAAUAAGUUUAGUUCGCUUCUAUGACUUUUUUGUGCAAUUUUGUAAGCAAAUUUCUUGCCUUUUCUGGAGUUUGGUGUCUCGUUCUUUUAUUGAUAUUUCUUUGCUUUUUAUUCAUUAUGAGUGAGCUACAAGUUAAAAUUGAGUGUUGUUUUGUCCUUUAGGAAACCACUACUUUCCUGUUUUCUGACUGACUUAUAAAGCUGCUAAUGGCUGUUGAAAAUAUCACAUUUUCAUGAAGUCACAUUCACUCUAACCUUCACUGCACUUUCUUCUUUGAACAAAUGUUAGCAAACGAACAAAAUGUGGCUCCAAGGGUUGAUGAUGCAGAACAAUAUUAUGGCUGGUUCUCUGUGUAUCUGUUAUUGAAAGACACCUUUUUCUACUAAAAGUUUAGUUUUUUUCUACAUCUGCUGGGAGCAGUGACUCGAGGACUGGUUGCUGUUCAGCUCUGCUGAGUUUACUUUAUUCAGAUGAAGGGCUUCUGGGUAUUUCCCGUCUCUAAACAUUUAACCUGUUGAAGAAGCCUGAGCUCAGUCCUUUUGUUUGUGUUCUUUAAGUGUGCACUUUUAUGUACAUGUACCCUUUAAGGGGACCAAUUACACAUUUUGCUGUCAAACUGCUCAGAUUUGUAUCAUUCAUUUACCAGUUUAAAU